UGCAAAAGGUGUUGUUGUCUUCAUAUCAGUCAACAGGAGGCAAUUCUGGAAGAUUUGCGAACAGACAUCCCAGUGCACUUCAACUUCCUGUUCUCAGAUUCUCACGUCGAAGUCAUUUCCGGAAAAUUGGAAGGGAUCUAUGCGUGGAUUGGAAUCAACUUUGUCCUUGGAAAAUUUCAGCAUGCGCAUAAUGAUGGAGACGCUGUUGUAGAGGUCAAUGUCCCGGGCAGUGAUCAACAGGCGGCACUGGUGAGAAAAAGGACUGCUGGGGUGUUGGACAUGGGCGGCGUUUCCACACAGAUUGCAUUUGAAGUGCCCAAAAGUGAGGAAGUGGCCAAGAAUUUACUGGCCGAAUUUAAUCUGGGAUGCGAUGCCCAUCAGACUGAUCAUGUGUACCGUGUGUACGUGUCCACUUUCCUGGGUUUCGGUGGAAACGCAGCACGCCAAACAUAUGAGGAGAGCCUCAUAAAAAACACCACCAUGCAAAAUAAGCUGUUAGGUCAGCAUGUCGGCGAGACGGAAAAGACGCCCCUGCUGGACCCCUGUCUCCCCACAGACCUGCAGGAUCAGAUCGGCACCUCUGAACAGAAGCUCCAUGUGCUCGGCACGGGCGACUUUGACCAGUGCCGACUUAGGCUUCAACCCUUUCUCAACCGCACCAAUGAGCCUCAGACGUCUCUGAACGGCAUCUUCCAGCCGGCCAUUGACUACAACAACAGCCAGUUUUUUGGUUUCUCUGAAUUCUACUACUGCACAGAGGACGUGCUGCGCAUGGGCGGAGACUAUAACGCUUCCAAAUAUGCCCAAGCUGCCAAGAGUUACUGUGCCACCCAGUGGAAGACUCUGAGGGAACGCUUUGACUCGGGUUUGUACGCUUCCCACGCUGAUCUCCACAGACUCCAGUAUCAGUGUUUUAAAUCUGCAUGGAUGUAUGAAGUAUUACACUCGGGCUUCUCUUUCCCGCCUGACUAUAAAAACCUGAAAACUGCAUUUUUAGUCUACGAUAAGGAAGUCCAGUGGACUCUCGGAGCCAUUCUCUUCCGAACACGCUUUUUACCUUUGAGGGACAUCCAGCAGGAAAGUCUGAAAGGAGUGCACUCUCACUGGCGGCACAGCUUCUCCUUCGUUAACAACCACUACUUAUUCCUGGUUUGUUUCUUCAUCGUUCUCCUGUCAAUCAUCUUGUACAUGCUGCGACUUCGCCGAAUCCACCGACGCGCCGCGCAGCGCUGCUCCCCUUCCUCUGUGCCAUGGCUGGAGGAUGGCUUGGGAUCACCGACGCUCCCCAUCAACCUCUAAACACCGGUGCAAGCGCUUGCCAUUUGGUUUUUGAGGUUUCUUGGCCAGGAAGCUCCCAUUUCAGACUUCGGGCCUUACUGAGCCACAAAAAGUGUCAGUUAUUGUCUUUGUGUCAUGUUAGAACCCAGGUGGAGGAAAUGGUUAUAUUUUCCUACAGAA